AUAACCGUAUAUAAAUACCUCUCAGUCACGGCACUUCUCAUUCCCUCAUUCCCUCGCUUUUUGCUUCGCCCAAAUUCCGAAACGUAGAAACUCAACGCACGAACAGUCUCAGCUCCAAAUUUCCUUCCAUUAUCGUCUCCACCAAUUUUCGUUUCUUCUUCUUCUUUUUUUUUUUUCUUUCCUCAUCGAUUUUUGUUGAAUCGAUGCAGUUUGCUUGUUCGAAGCUUUGAUUUCUGCUGCUGGGUUUGAAUCUGUUUUUGCCAUUUAAGUUUCGUUCGACAUUGAAGAGUCGAGGUACUGUGCUCUGUUUGCUUGACGAGAAAGCUGAUUUCAAAAGAAAAUGGAACCUAGGAUUAAAUGCGAGUUCGGAAUUGAAAUCGAACUGAAAAGCAGGAUUUCGAGUUGAUUUAUGGCGCCUGAAAUGGUGGUCGAAUCGGGCUUGUCGAUGGUGGAUUUUGGGAAGGAGUUGGUGGCGGAUCAUACCUCGGUAGUUUCUUUGAACUUAUUUGUAGCUCUUCUUUGCGGUUGCAUUGUUGUUGGCCAUUUGUUAGAGGAAAAUCGAUGGAUCAACGAGUCCAUUACAGCCCUUGUCAUUGGAUUGUGUACCGGCAUCAUAAUAUUGGUAACAACUAGAGGGAAAAGCUCGCAUUUAUUUUUAUUCAAUGAAGAGCUUUUUUUCAUUUAUCUCCUUCCGCCUAUCAUUUUCAAUGCCGGUUUCCAAGUCAAGAAGAAGCAGUUUUUCCGCAACAUCAUGACCAUAGUGCUUUUUGGUGCUUUUGGCACUCUCAUAUCGUUCUGUAUUAUAUCGUUAGGCGCUUUGCACUUCUUCCAAAAAAUGAAUAUUGGUUCCCUUGAUCUUGGAGAUUAUCUAGCCAUUGGAGCAAUUUUUUCCGCAACAGACUCUGUUUGCACCUUACAGAUUCUUAAUCAGGACGAGACGCCUCUUCUGUAUAGCCUGGUUUUUGGGGAAGGUGUUGUAAAUGAUGCCACAUCGGUUGUGCUAUUCAAUGCAAUCCAAAACUUUGACGUUUCUCACAUGAAUUCAAGCAUAGUUCUGCAGUUCAUCGGGAACUUUUUGUACCUGUUCCUUGCAAGUACUGUACUGGGAAUUUUUGUUGGCCUCCUUAGUGCAUACAUAAUUAAGAAGCUCUACUUUGGCAGACAUUCUACUGAUCGUGAAGUUGCUCUUAUGAUACUCAUGGCGUAUUUCUCUUAUAUGCUAGCAGAACUCUUCUAUUUAAGUGCAAUUCUCACUGUAUUCUUUUGCGGCAUUGUUAUGUCUCACUACACAUGGCAUAACGUGACUGAAAGUUCAAGAGUCACUACAAAGCAUGCUUUUGCCACCCUUUCAUUUGUCGCUGAAAUCUUUAUCUUUCUUUACGUUGGCAUGGAUGCUUUAGAUAUCGAGAAGUGGAGAUUUGUUAGCCACAGUCCUGGAAAAUCAAUUGGUGUUAGCUCAAUACUGUUGGGAUUGGUUCUGGUUGGAAGAGCAGCAUUCGUUUUUCCUUUGUCCUCAUUGUCGAAUCUGACCAAGAAGUCCUCGCAUGAGAAACUCAACUUGGAGCAACAAGUCACUAUUUGGUGGGCUGGUCUCAUGCGUGGAGCUGUAUCGAUGGCACUUGCAUAUAAUCAGUUCACCAGGUCAGGGCACACCCAUCUACCAGGCAAUGCAAUCAUGAUCACUAGUACCAUCACAGUUGUUCUUUCCAGUACAGUGGUAUUUGGAAUGAUGACGAAACCACUAAUAGGAAUAUUGCUACCCCAACCAAAAUACACAAUGAGCAUGCUCUCUUCCGAACCUUCUUCUCCAAAAUCCUUCACUGUCCCACUCCUCGACAAUGACCAAAAUACCCCUUCCCCUCUUGACCUGUUUCUGAGAAUCCCAUCCCAUACGGUUCACCAUUACUGGCGAAGAUUUGACGACGCCUUCAUGCGACCGGUGUUCGGAGGACGGGGCUUUGUGCCCUUCGUCCCAGGCUCCCCAACGGAAGACCCAACACAACAAUGGCAAACUGAGGGAGCAGAAGCCAUUGAUGAAAAUAAAACCAUUCUUAUACAAACUCGAAGAUAGAAUUGGGAAGGAAGAAAAAUGGUGAGGAGACGUGAGAUGAGAUGAGAUGAGCCAGGUUUUUUGUUCUUGGACUUUGUCCUCUGAAGGGGUAUAAUAGUUUUCUCACAACCAAACCAAUAACACAAGAAGAGAAAAACAGAGGUAACAUUUUAAUUUAUUAAUUACAGCAUUUUGUAUUGAUUAUUCUUUUUUUUUUUUUUUUUUUUUUUUUUUUUAGUUUUGUGUUGGCUUGGAAUUUUGGGCUUUUGAGUGAUGGUUGAACUCAAUUUGUUUGAUAGAGGGUUGAGAGAAGGUGAAGGCAAAAAAAAAAUGAUAAUAAUAGUAAGUUUGGUGGUUGUGUAUAGGUUAACAAAACAGGGGUGUGAUAUUCUUUUUUUUCUUUUCUUUAAUCUUUUUAACAUUUUCUUGGGGUGUGCAGUUUUUUGGUGGGUUUUUGUGUGACCUUUGUAACUUAUUUUUAAUUUUAAAUUUUUGGCAGAUUGGUUUGUGUAAGUUUUCACUGAUUUCAAUCUAAUGUAAGAA